UCAAUCAUAGCCAUGGAAAUGUAUUCAAGAAAACUCUUUCUUUAUUGUGUUUUCUUGAUUCUCUUCAACCCCGUUCGCUCACAGAAAUUGAUCUUCGAUUUUCCAUCUUUCAAUCUCACUAACCUCACUCUCCUUGGAGACUCGUACGUGAAAAAUGGCGUCCUGGGCCUCACCAGAAGGUCACGAGCCCCAUCUUCAAGCUCCGGCUCCGCAUUGUACAAGAAUCCAGUGUGUUUCUUCGACAAACACGCCAAUCUGGCCGCUUCUUUCUCCACAAAAUUCACUUUUCUGAUCGACAGCGUGAACCCGUGGUCAUCUGGGGGCGGAUUUUGCUUCUUCCUUUCCCCUUACAAUCACACUUUGGGGAGCUCAGGAGGGUUCUUGGGGCUCGUGGACUCGACCCAGAUCACCAAGAACAGAUUUGUAGCGGUGGAGUUCGAUACAGAGCAAGAUUUGCACUUUGAUGACCCGGACGAGAAUCAUGUGGGGUUAGAUAUAGACACCAUUGUCUCUGUGAAGACUGCCAGUGCGAUGUUGGGUGGGAUUAAUCUCAAGAGUGGCUUCUUAAUCACCGCUUGGAUUGAUUAUCAGCAGAGCCAGAAGAAACUGGAGGUUUUCUUGAGUUACUCUACUCUCAAGCCGGGAACUCCUAUAAUGGCGGUGGAUAUAGACCUCUCCGGUUACCUCCACGAGUUCAUGUUCGUGGGCUUCUCCGCUUCCACUGAGCGAAGCACCGAGCUUCAUUUCAUCGAGAAUUGGAGUUUCCAGACUUCUGAGGUUAGGGCUCUGAGACCAGGAAUCCAUUCCCACAAUCUUGAUUCUGAUUCUUCUGUAGUUCCAGUGAGACAGCCAUUCCAGGUUUCUAUCAAGAUCCUAGGCUUACUGGUUCUUGGAAUUUGCGGCGCAGGGUUCAUGUGCGCUGUUCUCGUGGUGUUUUGGUGGAAUUCUGUGAAGAAAAUGGAACAAGAGAAUACCAUGGGUUCAGAGGUUGUGGCAGAUCACAGGCAAUUCACUUACAAGGAGCUAAGAUCAGCCACAAGAAGGUUCAACUCCAAGAACAUUCUUGGCCAAGGAGCUUCUGGGAUUGUCUACAAGGCCUGUUUUAGGGACUCAGAUAACAUAGCAGCAGUGAAAAGAAUGAAACACGAAGGUAAACCCGAAUUCGUAGCUGAAUUAUCCACCAUAGCCAAGUUUAGGCACAGAAAUCUCCUCAGGCUCCAAGGAUGGUGUGCUGAGAAAGGGGAAUUGCUUGUUGUGUAUGACUAUAUGCCUAAUGGGAGUCUUGACAAGGCACUAUACCCGGAACCGGGGGAGGAAACGCCUCUGAAAUGGCCUCACAGGUACAACAUUGCAGUGGGGUUAGCCUCAGUCCUCAAAUACUUACACCAAGAAUGCAAGAAACAGGUGAUUCCCAGUGACUUGAAGCCCAGUAAUGUGAUGCUGGAUUCGAGCUAUAACCCGAGGCUCGGGGAUUUCGGGCUGUCUUGGCUGAUGGAUCACGACAAGACCCCCACGGGAACAAUGGGGUACGUGGCCCCCGAGUAUGUUCUGUAUGGGCAAGCAACUGAGGAAAGCGACGUUUACAGCUACGGGGUGGUGGUUUUAGAAUUGGCUUGUGGGAGGAGGCCUGUUAGGGGCAAGAAAAUGGAGAGAUUGGUGGAUUGGGUGUGGAGGCUUCACUAUGAAGGGAGGAUAAUUGAAGCUGCAGAUAGGAGAUUGAAUGGGGAAUUCAGAGAAGAUGAAAUGAGGAAGGUGUUGCUUGUGGGACUCAGCUGUGCUAACCCUGACAGCAAUGAAAGGCCUUCCAUGAAAAGAGUGUUGCAGACACUAAUGAAUGAGGUUGAGGCUAUGGCUGUUCCCAGGAUAAAGCCUACUCUCACUUUCUCUAACACACUGCUUCUUAGGACUCAUGAAAUCUUCUCAGAUGAUGAAAAGAGUGGAUUUCUGGAACUCAAUUUGAGGUCAGAUUCUAUUGAAGAAGACAGACAUGCUGCAGUUUAAUGUGCUUCUGUUCUUGCUUUUGCUCAUUUCUAUU